CACAGUGUGCGCAUGCGCGUACAAACAACUGUCAUGGCGCUGCGCGAAGGAGCUCUCCGGUUCAAGCUGCUACUCAACAGCCGUAAUUUCUACAAAUUCACCUCAUAUGUGGGUGUACGGUCGGUGUCUGAAAAUGUGUCAUCCAAACCCACAACGUCCAGUGCCUCAGAGACCGCGGCCGACCAUUUAAUCUACACACAAGAGCACUUUGCAUUAAAGGAGACCCUCAGAAAGAUCAUCGACCAGGAGAUCAACCCCUAUGUGGAUCAGUGGGAAGCAGAAGGGACGUUUCCAGCCCAUAAAAUCUUCAAAAUCUUAGGAAACGCCGGCUUUCUAGGAGUCAACAAACCAGUCGAAUAUGGGGGCUUGGGUCUGGACUUCAGCUACAGCAUGGCGGUGUCAGAGGAGCUGGGCAACAUUCGCUGUGGAGGCAUCCCCAUGGCCAUCGGUGUACAGACUGACAUGGCUACUCCUGCUCUCGCCAGGUUUGGUACAGCUGAGCUAAAGAGAGAGUUCCUCCUUCCCACCAUCAUGGGGGACAAAGUGGCCUGCCUUGGUGUUAGUGAAGUCGGAGCUGGCUCUGAUGUCUCAAGUAUCAUGACCAAGGCAGUGAGGAAAGGGGAGGAAUACGUUAUUAACGGGGGAAAGAUGUGGACCACAAACGGUACCCAGGCUGACUGGAUUUGUCUCCUCGCCAACACCGGCGACGGGCCACCUCACAGAAAUAAAUCCCUCAUCUGUGUGCCCAUGAAGCUGCCAGGAGUACACAUCGCUCGCAAGAUUGAUAAACUCGGCAUGUGGUCAUCGGACACAGCUCAAGUGUUCUUCGACGAUGUCCACGUGCCCUGCAAGAACCUCAUCGGCCAGGAAGGCAUGGGAUUCACCUAUCAGAUGCUUCAGUUCCAGGAAGAGAGGCUCUGGGCAGUGGCCAAUGUCGUCACCAGUAUGGACAACAUCAUUCAGGAGACCAUCCAGUACACACGGCAGAGGAAGAUCUUCAAGCAGCCUGUCCUCUACCACCAAGCCGUUCACUUCAGGUUGGCUGAGCUGCAGACGGAGGUGGAGCUGCUCCGCUCCCUCCUCUACCGUGCUACAGCAAUGUACAUUAAAGGCAAUGAUGUCACCAAGCUGGCAUCCAUGGCCAAAUUAAAGGGGGGCCGCCUGGCUAGGGAAGUGGCGGACGCCUGUCUCCAGUACUGGGGAGGAAUGGGCUUCACCAGUGACGUGCUGGUCAGCAGAUUUUUCAGAGAUACCAGGUUAAUUUCGAUUGGUGGAGGCGCUGAUGAGGUCAUGCUGGGAAUCAUCUGCAAGUACAUGGACACACUACCCAAGCCGUGAUGUCAUCAACACCUGACCCAGGGACAGAUGUCACAAUGCUGCUGAUUAUGUGCUAAUCAUUCACAAUGAACUGCUAAACAUAAAUCACCUAAGUGCAGUCCUAAUGUUGAAAAUCUUGACUUUACAAGGAAGUUAGACGGUUUUGCAUUUUGUCUGUGGUUGUUCUAACAAUACUGCAUGUGGUCCAUAUGAAUCUCUUAAGCUGUUCAAACAGAAUAAUGAGGCACAUGUGUUUUUGUUGUUGAUGACCUUACAAAUGUGAACAGCCUACAGCUAAAUGUUACUGUUGUGUAAUUUAUAACCAGUUCAUAUAAAGAUCUCUUAAAGGAGCAGCGUGUGGGAUUUAGUGGCACCUAGUGGUGAGGUUGCGGAUUGCAACUAAAUUAAUAGCCAUUCCCUCUCAAAGCACGCAGAGAUGUAGCUUCUUAGUUUCUUAGUUUCAGGUGAUUAUACACUCAUGAAAGCAUAAUCAUGGAUGUCAUACUCCAUUUCUGCCAACAGAUACCCCUAAAUCCUACACACUGCUUCUUUAAAGACUAAAUAUAUAAUAGUUUUUAAUAGACUAAGUUAAAUAAUGUGUAUAAAAAUGACUUAUGUAAAAAAAAAAUAUCCAGCAAAAACUGCGAUUUUUGUGUGUUCGCUGACAAAUUUAUAAAACCUAGUAAAAAACUG